AUGCGAUUCCGCCUUUUUGAGCGCCGUAAACUGCGCACUGAAAAUGUGUGGUUUGCAUACGACCCCGGCCUCAUAACUUGCACCAGAUCACAGUACCAGUCCCGCCGUCGCUACCAGGUCUAUGAACAUGCUAACUACGGCCCUCUAGUCCGCGCCGUCCACCGCGGCGCCCACGAGAUUGUGAGCCUCCUGAUCAUGAUGGGGUUCGACCCCGCCGUGAAACCUGGCACUCCGCACCGCUGCCUUCUUGCAUACGCCGCAUUGAACGGGCAAUUGGAAAUCACAGAGGCGAUCCUCGACAAACUACGAACCUCCGAAAAGGGCUGCCCGACUUACUUCAUUGAGGAGGCCGUCUCCGCCGCGGCGACAAAUAGCCACCCACUUGUGAUACGGCAUCUCCUCAGCAACGUACACAGGGAGUCGCGCACACGCGCCAGUACCCUCAUUAGAGAACUCUGCCGCGCGAACCUCCCUGGUGCUAUUGUUGGGGGACGCAUCUCGGUAUCCCAGGCGCUGCUGGUGUGGCUGCGCACGGUGGACUUUUACAGUCAUCAAUUUCAUGGGACUCCGCUGCAACUCGCUGUCCGUAAUGGCUAUGGCACGAUUGUUCGCAUGUUGCUGAUGAAAGGGGCGAAGCCUGACCUUGUUCUUCCGCAGAUGAACAUGGAGGAGGGGUCGCCUCUGACAGAGGCGGCUCGUUUGGGCUAUGAGGCAAUUAUUGACGCCCUUACUGUUGCAGGGGCAAGGGAUGACAUUCGGGAUGCUAGAGGGCUACACGCGAAAGACUACUUGAAACGGAACAAGGAGAGAAGGGAGCAGGAAGAGAGGGACAGACAACGGGCACGGGAGGCGCAGGCAGAGCAGCAAGAGGCUCUGAGAAGACUCAGUCGAGCCGAACACACCUUUGACACACCUGGGGCUAUCAAUGCGAGGAUUACUGCGACGUGCACGUGUGGCUCCAGCUAUUUUCAUGACAGAUAG